AUGGUUAAAGCAAUAGUAUCUGUGCUGUUGAUUUCCUCUAUCGUCUUGUGUGUAUCUGCGACGGAUAAUGGGUUUCCGAGAUGUAAUUGCGACGACGAAGCGAGUUUGUGGACUAUUGAGAGCAUUUUGGAGUGUCAAAGAGUUGGUGAUUUCUUGAUUGCUGUGGCCUACUUCUCAAUUCCUAUUGAGUUGCUUUAUUUUGUCAGUUGCUCGAACGUCCCUUUCAAAUGGGUCCUUGUUCAGUUCAUUGCCUUCAUUGUACUAUGCGGAUUGACACAUUUGUUGAAUGGUUGGACUUAUGGUCCUCACACUUUUCAGCUUAUGGUGGCGCUUACUAUCUUUAAGAUUCUCACUGCUUUGGUGUCUUGUGCUACCGCGAUAACGCUUGUCACUUUGAUUCCUUUGCUUCUUAAAGUGAAGGUUAGAGAAUUCAUGCUCAAGAAAAAGACGUGGGAUCUUGGACGGGAGGUUGGUCUUAUUAUGAAGCAAAAGGAGGCGGCGGUGCAUGUAAGAAUGCUUACUCAAGAGAUUCGUAAGUCGCUCGAUAGACAUACGAUUCUGUAUACCACUUUGGUGGAGCUUUCUAAAACGCUAGGCUUGCAAAAUUGUGCUGUGUGGAUGCCCAAUGAAGAAAAGACGGUGAUGAAUCUCACUCAUGAAUUGAACGGAAGGAAUUUAAAUAUUUCUAUACCGAUUACUGAUCUAGAUGUUGUGAAAAUUAAGGGAAGCAGUGUAGUGAAUAUACUUAGCUCCGAUUCAGCGCUUGCUGUUUCCAGUUGUGUGGUUUCUGGUGAUGCAGGACCGGUUGCUGCAAUCCGAAUGCCGAUGUUACGGGUUUGUAAUUUCAAAGGAGGAACACCUGAGCUAACUCAGGCGUGUUAUGCAAUAUUGGUCUUGAUUCUUCCCGCCGGAGAGCCUAGAUCUUGGAGCAAUCAGGAGCUGGAGAUAAUUAAGGUGGUUGCUGAUCAAGUUGCUGUAGCUCUAUCCCAUGCUGCAAUUCUUGAAGAAUCUCAACUUAUGAGAGAGAAGUUGGAGGAACGCAAUCGAGCUUUGCAACAGGCGAGAAGGAAUGCUAUGAUGGCAAGCCAAGCAAGAAACUCGUUUCAGAAAGUCAUGAGCGAUGGUAUGAGGAGGCCUAUGCACUCAAUUUUGGGAUUGCUUUCAAUGGUACAAGACGAUAAUUUAAAGAAUGAACAGAAACUUAUUGUGGAUGCAAUGCUAAGAACGAGCAAUGUGCUAUCAAACUUGAUAAACGAUGCCAUGGACAGCUCAGCAAAAGAUGAUGGAAGAUUUCCGUUGGAGAUAAGGUCAUUUGGGUUACAUUCCAUGAUAAAAGAAGCAGCUUGCCUCACCAAAUGCAUGUGUGUUUAUAAGGGCUUGGGUUUUAUUGUUGAGGUUGAUAAGUCUUUACCGAAUAAUGUUAUGGGUGAUGAGAGGAGAGUUUUUCAGGUGAUUUUGCAUAUGGUUGGGAAUCUACUUGAUUGCAACCAUGGAGAAGGAGGGAUCCUUGUAUUCCGGGUUUCGGCGGAUGCUGGAAGUCAAGGGAGGAAUGAGAAGGGGUGGACAACUUGGAGACCAAGCUCAUCUAGCGGUGAUGUAAAUAUUAGAUUUGAGAUAGGGAUCACCACCGGUAGUGAUACUGAAGUUGGGAGCUCUUCCUCGGGACCCGGCGGUAGGACAUAUACCAGUGAUAGGUAUGAAGGCAGAUUGAGCUUUAGUAUUUGCAAGAGGAUAGUCCAGUUGAUGCAAGGGAACUUAUGGUUGGUACCAUACACUCAUGGCAUUCCUCAAAGCAUGACACUUCUUCUACGGUUUCAACUCCGACCCUCCAUUGCAAUAGCCAUCUCCGAACCUGGAGAAUCAUCAGAACGCACAUAUUCCAAUUCAAUGCUGAGAGGUCUGCAAGUUCUAUUAGUUGACAACGAUGAUGUAAAUAGAGCAGUCACACAAAAACUGCUUCAGAAACUCGGCUGUUCCGUCACGUCCGCAUCUUCAGGAUUCGAAUGCCUCACUCUCAUCGGACCCGUCGGAUCUUCCAUCCAAGUCAUUCUCUUGGAUCUCCAAACACCUGACAUAGACGGCUUCGAAGUUGCCGCAAGGAUCCGGAAGUUCAAAAGUGGAAACAGGCCUAUGAUUAUCGCGUUAACAGCAAGCGCAGAAGAAGAUUUGUGGGAAAGGUGCAUGCAGAUUGGCGUCAACGGAGUAAUCCGAAAACCGGUUUUGUUGCAAGGAAUUGCUAGUGAACUCAGAAGAAUUCUGAUGCAGGGAAAUAUAUAA